AGUACUCUAACGACACGAAAAGGAGCGAAACAACACUUCAUCGACAAAUUUGUUACGCAACAAUACCAUAACAAGUAAGAACAAUGCAAUGCACGAAGAACAUUUAACCAAUUAUUAUUAUUAUUACUUUCAGAUUCAUGAUCCUCAUCAUGCACGAAGAACAUUUAACCAAUUAUUAUUAUUAGGAGCUACGCCUACGUUCGUGCAACUAAUUAACAAAACAUUAUUAUGUUGGGGUCCGAUUUGACAUUAAGAAAAAGAAAAGGGUACUGUUUCGAAAGACAAGGGAACAAGCAUGCUCAAUGCACCCAUUCCCUAGGGAUGGGUCGUGGUUCAAACACCACUAUAUUGUAUCGAAUGAGACGAUGUUUCGAUGAACUGAAUCAAAAUGUAAUUUUUUUGACCUGAUGGAUCUUGUUAAACUCAGAAUGAUUCGUGAGAGAAGAAUGUUAUAAAACAACCUUGCAGCCGAAGCUCAUUAGAAUGAGAGCACACGAAAAAUUAGUGGAAUAUAUCUUCAACAUUUGUAUGAAAAACAUGACGAUUCAACAAUUUUUUUUCCCCGAUUAUUUACUUUUUCAACUAACAAAAGUGUCAUGGGAAACCUUUUAGAUGAAGAGCAGACUCUCUAGAGGACAUGGAUAAGCUCUAGAUCGUCGUCGCAAAGCUUUUGACGAGCUGAGACAUGUGACAAGGGUCGUUGAUGAUUGCUUGUAAAAUUGGGAGUACUCAUAUUAACAGCUCGAAACUCAUGGUGGGCAUAUCUAAUAGUAAAUUCUCCCUAUCUAUGCUCGACAUCGAUCGAGAUCAAUGAUGACACGCUUGAAUUGUUGUCAUGUUAUUUAGAGAGCAGUUUUUGUCUUGUCAGAUGAGGUCCCAAGUCUAACUCGUUAUUAGUUGUUCAUAAUCCAUUCAAAAGCUGCUAACUACUUCAUUUGUCAAAGACCGUCGAAAAUUCAAAAAAUUCAAGAACCCACAUGAGCCUUUGGAAUAGAAAACCAUCCUCUAAUUUCUUAUUUUAUGUUCUUGCACCAUAUCAAAUGACCUAUUUCACUUCAAAUAAACUUCGACUUGGUCUGGUGCGACCAGGUACCGCUCGGACCACUACACACCCCUUAGAAGUAUUGUUGGAUCGAGUGGGUGGGUGUGUGAGUGUGUGUCCCCUCCCUUCUCCUUCGAAAUCUCGUUCUCGGUCCAUCCAUUCGCGAAUAUCAAGGAAAAUAAUAAUAAUAAUAAUAAUAGUAAAUACCAUAUAUAUUUUCCGGGGGAAAUCACAUUUUAUAUUUUCCUGUUAUUAAUUGUUAACCUUUGUUAUUUAUAAUAAUAAAUACCAUUUAUAUGUGUAACUGAUAAAAUUCUAUUUAUACAAAACCCCCUUCCUUACCUUCUUUCUUCUUCUUCUUCAAUUUUUCCUUGAAGGGGUUUCUCGAUCUUUGAUUGUUUAUUUAUAUAUAAAGCCUCUGCGUUUUUCAUUGCAGUGGAUUGUCUCUUUGCUUUCUCCAGAGGCACGAGGAAGAAAGAGAGGGUGAGGUAUAGAGAAGGAAGGAGACAGAGUUAAAGGGAAAAGCUACAAAAGGAAUUCUAAUGGAUGCUUCGAUCCAUGCCUUCUUCAGUCUCAAAGAAAUCUCCUUGGAAACCUGAUACCCAUGGAUCUCAUUGGGAUUGCUUCUUCUGGUGUGGAUUUCGAUGGUGGUGGCAGGCUAACUGGGACCUUAAAAGCUGUCUUCUUUGAUGGGUUGAACUCACACAGGGUAGCAAUGGGCAGCUUGAGCGAGGAAGAAUUCCGGUUCUUCGAUGCUGGUGAUGACAUUGCAUCGAGAAUCUCCGAUGUAAGUAGUGACAUCUCUGAUUGCCGGCAGAGUUUGGCUGAUAGCAAUUCAGCUGCCCCUAGCCCUCGUUAUGAAUUGUGGGCCGAUGCCCCCAAAAGUGUGGAGGAACGGCGAAACUUGUUCUUGAAAUGGAUGGAUGUCCGUUCAUGCCCAGAUGGAGAUUUUCCCAGUCCAGUAAGAAGCGGGAUUAAUAGAAUGAUUGAAAGCAGUGGGGCUGUGUUGAGGAACUCUUGUUACGAAGGCGAGUUUUGCUCGACAAGGUCUUCGAGGCUGAGUUGGUCCUAUGAUAGUUCCAGUCUUCUGGAGGAGUUGGGCUCAGCUCGCGAGUUUGUAGGUAGAGAUGAAAAUUCGGGUGGAGGGGUGGCUUCCAAUGUAGAUGAAAGUCAUGAACUUUACUCGCCAUAUUCAGCAAGAGCUAGGGAAUGUAGUAGCAAUGCUUCUGGCGCAUCAUCACCUUCACUUCGACGGCAUCAGCCAGGCUGCAGGGGAUCCAAGGAUAGUAGCACAAGCAGCAACACUACUUCCAAGACAAUUAAGAAACGGUGGUUGAGCAGGUUGAGGUCAAUGGCAUGUGCUGUGGAUGGAAGAACACAAGCCGAGAGGUUGAGCCAUUCUGUUGAUGAUUUACUUUUGUAUAAGGUACGAAGGAUGAAAGUUAGGCAAUCUGGGAAGCAAUUGAAGGAGCUCUCUGCACUCUACAGUGGGCAAGAGAUCCAGGCUCACAGGGGCUCAAUCUUGGCGAUGAGAUUUAGUCCAGAUGGGCAGUACCUGGCAAGUGCUGGCGAAGAUGGGAUUGUGAGAGUAUGGCAAGUUCUUGAAGAUGAUAGAUUGAAUGAACGUGAUAUUCCAGAAAUAGAUCCUUCAUGCAUCUAUUUCACUGUGGAUCAUUUGUCCGAGUUGAAACCCCUUACUGGUAAUCAAGAGAAGACGGCUAAAGUGAGGAGUUUGAGGAAGACAUCGGAUUCAGCUUGCAUAAUUUUUCCUCCUAAAGUUUGUAGAAUAUUGGAGGACCCAUUGCACGAGUUUGUUGGUCACAGUGGUGAUAUCUUGGACUUGUCAUGGUCAUAUGAUAAUCAUUUACUAUCAGCUUCAGUUGACAAAACUGUUCGUCUAUGGCAAGUAGGAUGCAAUCGAUGCCUCGCUAUCUACUCACAUAGCAACUAUGUUACUUGUGUUCAGUUUAAUCCUGGGGAUGAUAAUUACUUCAUGAGUGGUUCCAUAGAUGGGAAAGUUCGGAUUUGGGCAAUUUCUGGUUGCCAAGUUGUUGACUGGAUUGACAUUAAAGAAAUAGUUACAGCAGCUUGUUAUCGUCCAGAUGGGCAGGGAUUGAUUGUUGGCUCAAUGACAGGCACUUGCCGCUUUUAUAAUAGGACCAACAAUCACUUGCAAUUGGAUGCACAAGUAUGCUUAAACAACAAAAAGAAGUCGCCUGGAAAAAGAAUAACUGCCUUCCAGUAUUGCCCACGAGACUCGGACAAAGUAAUGGUGACCUGUGCUGAUUCACAAGUCAGGAUACUGAAAGGGCUCAAUGUAAUUGCCAAAUACAAAGGCUUGAGGAACACUGCAAAUCAUGUAUCUGCACGGUUUACUUCAGACGGAAAACAUAUAAUAUCAGCUUGCGAGGAUGCCAAUGUUUACAUGUGGGAUAGUUUUGGCUUAGAGAACUCAUUCUGCCCAAAUGGUAAAAACAUAAAGUCUUUUGAGCGAUUCUCUGCUGAUGCAUCGGUUGCACUGCCUUGGUCUGGUUUCAAGAAGUACUGUAACUCAGAAAAUGGGAAACCUCUGCCUUUUUCUUCCCCUGCAAGUUUCAAUCUCAAUCAAGAGUACUACCUCGAGCCAUAUCCCAAAGGUUCAGCAACGUGGCCAGAGGAAAAGCUUCCGAGAUCAAGCCCUUCUUCAGCCACGCCAUUAGCAUCGAUGCAUAAAUCACAAUACAAGUUUCUGAAAGCUUCAUGCCAGAGCGCUGCUGGCUCUCAUGCGUGGGCUCUUGUCAUUGUGACUGCAGGGUGGGAUGGCAAGAUUCGAUCUUACCACAGUUACGGCCUGCCAGUUCCAACCUGAGAUUGUUCUUGGUUUUCCCGAGGAUCAACCUGGUGUUCACUAUCUCAGGUGUGAAUGCCUUAUGCUCGACACUCCACUGGGCCCACGUCUUAUAAACGCUGAGGCAUGACAUGUGGUGGGGGAUGGUUGGCUGCAGACAUAUACAUGCUUGGGAAAUGAGCAAGUGUGGCUGUGAUAGGCUUGUUUUUGCUUUUGGAUGGAUACCCAGGUGAAGACUGAAGAUUUUUCUCACUUGUCAACUAAUGGAAAGAUAUGCAGGGGCCAUGUCUUGAGAAGAGGAGAGGCCAGUAUUCGAUAGAUUAUUCUUCUUUAUCCAUAAUGGAGGCAUGUCAUGGCCAGCCACUUCCAAAAAUAGGAUGAAGGGAAUCAAAAACCUGGUGGCUGGAGUUCAUUUUAGUGGGGAUGGAAAUGGUGAGGGGUAGGGAACUUCACACCAUUACAACAUAUAUUGGCGGUUCUGCAAUGAAUGAUUGAAUUGCUCUUGUCUGCCAUUUCCUGCACUCAAGGUAGGGUAUAUAUGCUUCACCUGACCCAUGGGGGCAUCAAUAUUGAGACGUCAGCAUCUAGUUGUCUGCUCAUCCAUGGAACUCCAGUAGCAACCUAACCAAGUACCGAGUUUUUGAAGAGUUGAUGAUCUAUGUGUGUGUAUAUUUUCCUGCUCCCUUUUCUGUUCUUCCUGCUCUUGCUCACAGGAUUUUUGUACAUGUAUUUUGGUCUUUUUAAGCUUAUUCUAAAGCAUCCCCCUUCCAUCAUCCUCUUGGAUUAGGAUUAGCGAUAUCGAUGUCCAUCCCGUUUUCUGGAGAAAGUAUGAAGAGAUGGACUUUGCCUUCAUGCCUGAACAUGUAGUUCUUGUCAGCAAAGGCUUUAAAUUGUAAAAGGUUUGUCCUUUGGUGUAAAUUGUAAAUGAUUUGGAAAAGGGAAAAAAAGAAAAAGAGUUGUGAUCACCAUUUUGGCUUAUGUACACUCUUCUCUGUUUGUGGUUGGAGUUUUUUUAAUUUGUAAACUACCCUGGGAAAAUAUCCAGAAACUGGGGCAUCAAGUUUCCAGCUUUCUAGUUACUGCUGUAAUGUGUAGUUUUGUCAUUUGCAGUUAGUCUAUCCUUAACAAAUAACAACAAACCGUUAACUAUAAAUGACGUAGUCGAAUGGUGUUUAUUACGUGCACAGUCAAGCCAAUGACACAUGAUUGCCACGUCAUCCACAUGACCAGAAUGUUUUUGUUAUUGCGUAAAACCUGCAUUGACGUGGCUUCCACGUACGCAGGCACCAUUCAAUUGUGUUACUAACAACUAACGAGUUGACCGUUACUUUUAAUGGUCAGCCCUAGUAGGUAUUUGGUGAUUGGUGACGGAGGAUCGUCUGAUAAGACGUGUUAAUCUGCAAUAUACGACUGUAAAAUUAAGCGAGAGGAAGAGAGGCUCUGAUACCAAAAUAUAAUAUCCCAAUCUUCGAAAUCUUUGAACAAAUAGUUUUGCUCCAGAGCAUAUUUAAAAUGGGUAAAUGUCAUUGCCACAUUUGGUCAUCACUGCGAUUACUAAAUCGUGUCUUUGAACAAUAGUUAUUCACAAUGCUCUUUUCGACCUGAAAUAUAGUAUUCGAAGGAGAAAAUGUAGUGGUUUGGAAUGAAGUGGGAGAGGUGUGGGGGGUUUUACUUCGGCUUUGAUGGAAUGGACAUUUAUAGGGCAUGAGAAGCGGUUAAAUGAGAUGUACGAAGAUAGGACAAAGUUUAAUGGAGUUGGAUGGAGUGCUGAAAUAUAGAUGUUGCGUUCAAGGAAGAUUGCCUGGUGUCAUCAAUCGUCCAAAUCGUACCUCCAAAUAUCUUAACCCUGAUAACUUCUUAAAAUUCUUGCUUUUCAAGCAACUUAUCAUGAUCAUCUCUAGAUUGUUCAUCUAUCCGAACAACUUUCACCCGCUUACUCCCCUGUUUAGACGAACGCGAAAAGAAACUCGUUAUUACACUCAAGCAAGUAUAAAUGUCAACAAAAACG